GUCAGCAGUUUUGAUCUUGGGGAGAACCAGAAGAGAUGGGUUGUGAUCGGGAUUUGUUUGAACAGAGUUCUGUUGCCAGUCCUCCGUGAUUUUGUAGGUCAAGAAAUGCCCAAAUACUACGCAUCCCUGAACAGGGCACAUGGAAUUGACACUCAAGUCUUUGGAAGUCAUUUGAGACAUGAUGGACGAUUGCAGCUGAAUUAUGGAAGCAUCAAUAAUAACUUGGGCAACUUUAAGAAAACAGUGCGUUCGUAUGAUUACAAAGUUGGAACAUCUGAGGACUUGGCUAAACUUUAUCUUGAGCCACACAUGGCCAAGUUCACAGGUGGGAUACUUUAAAAUGAAUAGAAAGUCAGUCAUGGAUUAACUCCUGUUGUUUUGUUAAGAGGCGUAUUAGCUUGGUUUUUUUUGCUCAGAGCUCUCGCUAUCAGCAUUGUGACUUCUAAGGAGGGAUGGGGGGGGGGGGGGGGAUAUUUUUAAAAAAUGAACCUAGCUGCUGAGGGUGCGUCCACUCUGCUCAACCAUAAAAAAAUACAACACCAUCAAACUUUCUUGCCUCGUUCAUUGAAAGGGAUAGAAGAUAGAUAAUAGAAAGAAAAAUAUGUGUAUGAUUUUUUUUAUUUUUUUUUUUUUGUGUUGGUUGGUUGUUUUGUUUUUUUUGUUUUUUGGGCUGGGCGGGUGUGAGUGGUGGGGGGGGGGGGGGGGGGGGGGGGGGGGGGGGGGGGGGGGGGGGUAUUCCAUAUAAAACACGAUGUCCUGUACGGGUUGGCUCCGCUCGGUCAACCAGGAAAAAGAUAAGCUUAUCACUGUAUUUUUAUUUGCAGGAUUUGACAACACAUGCGACCUUUCCAGCGUAUUAGGAAUUCUAGAGAGAGCGUCUAUAUUUGUUGCUAGCGCAAUUUCACCCUAUGCCAAGGAUGUGCGUUCUAAAGUGAGAAAUGAGUGGGGACAUUGCAACUUUGACCACUGGACUGAUCCAGAGUUCAAAAAUUGUUUUGUGCUGUUGGAAAAUUUGCUUCGUUCUUUGAAGCUUCCCAGCGCAGAUGAAGCGAAAGUACUUAACGACCUUCGUGACUGGGAGAAGAGAGGUAAGUAGCUGAGGCAGCUUUUUCGUGUUGUCGAUGUUAAUAUUAGCGACCUUUAGAUGAUACGCGGGGAGUAGGACGACCGCGAGGACGAGAUUUGACUUAAAGAUUUUUUGCGUUUUCCCAAAAAAAUGGACACCCCAGAAAGCUUCAUUUCACCUUAGUUUUUAUUGAAGGAGGUUAAGCACUAUCCAGAUCGCAAAAUGAUAAAGCUUCUAACUUGUUUCCGCCCGUAGCAGAAUGACGAUGGCUACGUUUUUUCGCCCAAACGACUCUGGUUCACGCGCGAGCACCACUUAGUAUUGAGAAAAUCUCGUCCUUGUAGACAAUCAUCCUUGUCUUUGGAAUCCAAAGGUCUCUAUUAUUGCUAAAUGGCGAUAAAAAAUUUAAAAUUGAGGUGAAAGAAACCACGCCAAAACAAUAAGUCAGUAGUAGCUGCCUUAAAACUUGAAAAAAGUUUAAGUAAUAACAAUUAUUGUUACUGAUGUCUGAAACUGCCUAACGGUGACCAUUCUUCCAUCAUGUAAAUAUAAAAUAUUGGGCGCAUAAGAAAAAGAAACCUUUAAGCGUUUUUUCUACAAAACCCAGAAAGGAAAAGAGCUGUCGAGUAGAUCAUGUUUGUCAGUAGGCCGACAAGGGUUAAAAAAAUAUAUAUCCGACGAAAAAGUAAGGUUUGGCAUCACUUUGAACAAACUACGAAAUUUGUAAUACACCGCCCGCCAUCAUGAGGACCUCAAAUCAACCCGCGCUCGUUACAUUUGUAGGCCACCAAAAAGACGCAGUUGCCUGUCAUGUCUUUUAAGUAGUCUUCAAUAGUAUGCUGAUAUCAAAUGUUAACAAUUUUGUUGUAGGGGUGGACCUGUGCGUUGGCUGUCCUGUGGAUAAAGAGUUGUUGAAACUUGUUGUUGACGAAGUUGCCAACCUGCAGCAUGAUCUCGACGAGGUAAGGAAAACCGGCAUGGACGAAGUUCAGAAGUGUUUAGAUGCCCUGCAGAAUUUGCGUGAUAGCAUUGAGAAGCGCCUGACCCAACUUGAGAAUCGAGUGGAGGAACAACAUAAGGAACAGUCAGAAACGAACGAAGCGUUAUCCAGUGCCAUUGGCGAUCUUUCUAAAAAUGUUAAGAAGGUUGGGGUACGUCAAGAUGAAAGCGAAGUAAAAAUGGCUAGUUUGGAAAGAGACCAAAAGGACUUACAAGCAUCUGUGGCAUCAAAAGUAGACCGUUUGGAAAAGAAAAGUGCUAAUACAGACCAAAAGGUGAAGGCGUUGGAAUCCUCUUUGGAAGACCAUUUGAACGCUUCGGCUACCAAUGAUGCGACCGCGUUUCUAGCGCCUAGACGUAAUACUUGCUUUUGUGGUCGUGCGAACGAACUUAGCGCUAUUCUAGGUAUCCUUAAAGGCAACCAAAACAGUUGUGUGGAUACAGCCAUAUACGGCCUCGGUGGCAUAGGUAAAACGUCACUUGCUGUUGAGUAUAUUUGGAGACACAAGAAUGAGUAUCCGGGUGGUAUUUUCUGGAUCUCUGGGGAAAGUAACAUGACCUUUCAAAGUUCUGUCAUAGAAAUGGCUCUGGAGAUGCAAAUAACCUCACCUGAGACCGACUUUUCCUUUACCUUAAUGAAAGCCCUUGCAUGGCUUAAAAAGCAGAGCAAGAUGUGGUGCUUAGUUGUAGAUAACCUCGACCAACUGGAGAUGUCCGAAGACAUGCGCAAGUUACUUAGGGGCAAAUGGAAGCAAGGAUCACGUGGCCAUGUUAUAAUUACUACCAGGAGAGAACCAAGGGAAAUACUUAAGGAAACAGGAAUCGAAGAGAAGUCUUGUAUAGAGCUGAAACGUCUAACGCAAGAACAGAGUGUUGAGUUUUUAAGAAAGAAGACUAGGAGAACGGAGGGGGAAGACAGUGAAGUUCGUGAACUGGCGAGUGAACUUAGUGGUCUACCUUUGGCUCUUGACCAAGCCGCAGCAUAUAUACGGUACCUUUCCUGUUCCAUAAGCGACUACGUUAAGCAAUAUAGAGAGCAGAUUGAGAAACUCGAGCUUCUGAAAAAGAUGCAAGCACAAGAACCAGAUGAAUACACAUCUCAAGACCGUUUGGCAGUCCAUACUACGUGGCUGAUGAAUUUCGAGCACAUCACUAACAGUAAAUCUUAUGACAAAGACGUACGGGUGGUUGCGACUCUCUUAAUGGAAAUCUUCGCUUUUCUUGGUCCUGACGAUAUUCCCAGGGAAGUUUUCAACGAAGGACUUCCCCCAGUAGACUCCCCAAGCCUACUGAACGUUAUGAGCAGUUCCUUGAGACGGAUCGAGGUAAUGAGCCUUUUGACAAACCUCUCUCUCUUUCAACAGUUUGGGGCAAAUUCAUACUCUGUGCAUCGUUUAGUUCAAGAAGUGAUCCGCACCUGGAUGGAUGAAAAACGAAAAGAAGAUGUCUUUUGCAAAAAUUUUUUCCCCAAGGAAUUUGCUUUCAUCGCUGGGACACGUUUUCUGCACCAUGCGCUUUCAAAUACCCGUUCGCCGGUAGAGGUGUGCAAAGACUUUAGCGAAGAUGCUGUAUUUAGUGUCAAGAAUCCUCCUUCGCUGUACCUUUGGGGGAAGCUGGCCUCUCACGCAACUUACUUCCUUGAUCACAUGCUUAAAUUCACUACAAAGAACGAGGAAUCUGCUUGCAUUCUGCUUCACACAGGGGAAACAGUACGUCUUUUGAACGAGAGCGCAAUAUCUUACAGUGUAGCGCGUGAAAAGGUUAAAGCUCAAGAAAUCCAGAAAAAAAAGUUGGGGUAUCUUACUCUGCUCGAAAAGUCACCAUCUGAAGAAACAUUGAACCUUCUUCAUUUUAAUAUGCCUCUCAAAGACAAGUACUACAAGUUGAUAUCCCAUUGCAUGAGAGAACGACCAUCUAAUCCUGAAGAUUCCAGUUAUACUCACAGAAUUAAUCAUGCCGACCAGUUAAGACAAGAAGGAAACCAAGCAGUACAAGUUAAAGAGUAUGGGAAAGCGUCAAGUCUUUACAACAAAGCCAUUGAACUAAACUCCAAGGACUACCGUCUAUACUCCAACAGAGCACUUUGUCAUUUAAAACUUAGCAAGCCGAAGAAAGCUUUAGAUGAUUGUGAAGAGUGUCUUUCACUUAAACCCAAUUACGGCAAAGCACUAUUACGCAAGGUCUGGGCUCUUGACGAACUCAUGAAAGGAGCCAAAUGCCAGGACAACUUGAAAGGAAAUGCAGUGGCUACUGCUGCGUUAGCUCAUCACCUCGACUCAAAUUCGUCUAACAGAAGUUUCAUAAAUGAACGGUUUCUGCAUCUGAAUUAUGAAGUAAUUUGCUCUAGUAAUCAGUUAGAGAAGGCACUGCAGUUUCUCCAAGCUAAUAAAACACUACUUCUGCUCGAGGGAGAGUAUGAUGUCAGUCAGUUCGUGGUCGCCAGAUUCGAUACUCACGUGGUCGGUCUUGGAUCAGGAGCUGUCUUAAAUUGUAGACAAGUCUUUGUAGUUCAAAAUGUUACCUGUUUUUUUCAAAACGUAAGGUUUCCACGUGGGAAUCCGCCUUUGGUUUGCCAAGGUGCAAGUGCGAUAAUUCAUUUCAGCCACUGUGAGAUCUCAGCUGGUUUUUCACGCUGCCAAGACUAUCCAGAGUGUAAUGGGGGAGAGGGAUGUGUCGCUGCCUUGCGUGGAGAGCCGACUUGUGACCGAACCCUCACCUUUGGUGUGCCACACAAAUCAGGCUUCACUGGGUACCCCGGAAUUCAGGUCAAAGGUGGUAGUACAGUGUAUAUUACACGCAGUCAGAUACAUCAUUGCGGGGGUGGUGGUGCUUUGGUUUCAGAUAAAGGGUCUCGCUUGUUUGUGCGGAAAUGCGAGGUAUACAGCAACCAAAAUGGCCUUGAGGCAAGAAAUGGCGGUCAACUUAUUGCAACAGAAAACAACGUUUAUGGCAAUAGUACUCAUGGUUUCUUAAUAGGGCCGGACCCGGGGUGUUGUUUGAUAAGCAAUAACAAGAUAUUCGAAAAUCACCAAGAGGGUGCAUAUGUCGCAAACAACAAGCAGGAGGCCCUUGUGACCGUGGAUGGCAAUGAAAUCCAUCACAACAUGGCCUUUGGUUUGUCGUUGACAGAUAGUCACCUGUCGAUCAGUAACAACAACAUUUUUGAGAAUGGCUUCUGGGGAAUUCUUUGCACAACUAGAACUUCAGCAAAAAUAAUGGGAAAUGACAUAUUUGGCAAUAAGUGUGGCGGCAUUUUCAUAGGCAUUAAUUUUUGUGGGAAAGUUGCUAUAAACUCGAACGUUAUUCGAGACCAUGCAGGACCGUCUCUACAUUACCUAGAGGGACCAUUUCCCGACGCAAGCAGAAUUCACGAGUGGAACCCAUACUUCCGUCUUCCACCAGGAGAAACAAACCUUUAUUCCUAUCCACUAACCCAAGAAAGCAAUCAAGUAUUCAACAAUACAGAGGGUUUGUUUCAUCCAGAAGAGGCAAUUGAAAGGUUAGAAACUGGAUGCUGCCAUUGUUUCGGCAAAUUGUGCCAGAAAGGCGUGAAGAGAUGUCCAGAGUGCUAUAUUGCUGUUUACUGUGGGCUAGACUGCCUACAAAAUCACCGGCAAAAGCAUAAAUCAUUGUGCGAAGUGUUAAAGAGACGUUACUCUACAACGGUAGAGCUUCUGGAAACCUGUGAAAAUGAUAAAGUUAAAUUUCGAUUCUUUGGACCACAUUUGAAAGACGUCGGUAAAUGCCCUCCACCGAAAAGGAACGGUUCGCAGGCAUUUAUUGUAAAGGUUCAAACUUUACCGCUGAACUGUCACCCGAAGCAGUUAAUGUUUGUUUACGACAAGAGCCUCUCUGUGGACCAUGAAAUUCAAAGCAGUGAUGUUUUCAACAUGGUCAUGGAGUGCGGUGUUUUGGGACAGUUGAACAAAUUUACCAGUAAGAAAGCCUAUUUCUGGGCAACUUUUGCUGACGAAGGAAAAAAACUUGACAUUUUUCUGAGCCAUUUGGCCCCUUAUCAAAAAUGGUAA